AUGCACCUAAAUAAUAAUGUGACUGAGUUCAUUCUGCUUGAGUUGACACAGUAUCAUCUUAGGACAAAAAUCGUUUUUGCCACUUUCUUGCUUUUCUACUUGGGGGCAUUCUUUGGUAAAUUUCUAAUCAUAGUUACCAUUAAGACCAGUUAGGCACUUGGCAGUCCCAUGUGCUUCUUCCUUUUCUACUUAUCCUUAACUGACACUUGCUCAUCUAUUUGCAUAGCUCCUAGAAUGACUGUGGAUGCCCUUUCAAAGAAGACCACUCUCUCUUCCACUGAGUGCAUGAUCCAAGUCUUUUCAUCCCAUUUCUUUGGCAGCCUGGAGAUCUUCAUCCUUAUCCUCAUGGCUGUUGACUGCUAUGUGGCCAUCUGUAAACCCCUGCACUACAUGACCAUCAUGAGCCACCAAGUCUGUGGUGUGUUGGUGGCCGUGGCCUGGGUGGGCUCCUGUGUGCAUUCUUUAGCUCAGAUUUUUCUUGCCUUGAGUUUCCCGGUCCGCGCCGUCUCCGGGGGCUGCGUGCGCGCCGCCCGGGCCGAGCGGAGGCUGCGGUCGGAGCGUGCCGGCGUGGCGGAGCUGUGCGCGCAUCCGGGCCAGCUGGUGGCCCCCGGAGCAGUUCUGGUGAGACUAGAAGGAUGCAGCCACCCCGUUGUCAUGAAAGGCUUGUGUGCUGAGUGCGGCCAGGACCUGACCCAGUAAGUAGCGCUCGGCAGCAAGAACGCAGCGCCACUUGGAGUGUGUAAUCUAAAGAUGGUUUAAAGCAUAAGGGAGGUUCAGCAAGCCGAGCAGCUAGGAUGAGAAGACCAGCAGCGACUGCAUCGGGACAGAAAGCUGGUGCUUAUGGUCGACCUGGACCAGACAUUGAUUCACACAACAGAGCAGCACUGCCCGCAGAUGUCCAACAAGGGCAUCUUCCACUUCCAGCUGGGCCGGGGCGAGCCCAUGCUGCACACCCGCUUGCGUCCUCACUGCAAGGACUGCUUGGAGAAGAUUGCCAAAUUGUACGAGCUGCACGUCUUCACUUUUGGCAGCCGGCUGUACGCGCACACCAUUGCAGGCUUCUUAGACCCUGAGAAGAAGCUUUUUUCUCAUCGAAUACUAUCAAGGGACGAGUGUAUUGACCCGUUUUCUAAAACAGGAAACCUUAGAAAUCUCUUUCCUUGUGGAGACUCAAUGGUUUGCAUAAUUGAUGACCGAGAAGAUGUCUGGAAGUUUGCCCCUAACCUGAUAACCGUGAAGAAGUAUGUGUACUUCCAGGGCACAGGUGAUGUGAACGCUCCCCCUGGGUCCCGGGAAUCUCAGAUGAGAAGGAGAGUAAACCAUUCUCCCAAAGGUGCUGAAGUCUCACAACAAGCCCUGCCUGUUAAAGACCCUGAGGAAGGGAGACAUGUUCCUGGCCUGGAGCAGAGUAAUGGCCUUGGGAAGCCUGUGCGGGAACUGAACGGAGGCGAGGCUGUGCCGGUGGCUCCUCCCCAGUGGGACUUGCUCCGCCCUGGUGAGGCCACUGAGACAGAUGUCUGGUCCCCCACGCAGGGCCCCCCUGCCGACUGCCCUGGCAGCCAUGAGCCAGCAGAAGCCCCUGAUACCCCAGAGUCUUGUGGACAGGGUGGCCGGACGCUUCGGGGCACCCUGCGCACAGACUUGGAUUUCGACUUGUCCAGUGACAGCGAGAGCAGCAGCGAGUCAGAGGGUCGCAAGCACUCCUUCCCCACGGCCUCGGACAGGGAACAUGAGGGGAACACGGAUGACGAUGACCACCUGAUCCACCUCGAGGAGAUCCUCGUGCGCGUGCACACUGACUACUACGCGAAAUACGACAGAUACCUCAGCAAGGAGGUCGAGGAGGCUCCGGACAUACGGAAAAUCGUGCCGGAACUCAAGAGCAAAGUGUUGGCGGACGUUGCUAUCAUAUUCAGUGGGCUGCACCCAACAAACUUCCCCAUAGAGAAGACCCGGGAGCAUUAUCAUGCCUCGGCCCUUGGGGCAAAGAUCCUCACGCAGCUGGUGCUGGACCCAGACGCCCCCGACAAGGCCACCCACCUGAUCGCCGCGCGGGCAGGCACGGAGAAGGUGCGCCAGGCACUGGAGUGCGGGCACCUGCAUGUGGUGAACCCCGACUGGCUGUGGAGCUGCCUGGAGCGCUGGGACAGGGUGGAGGAGCAGCUCUUCCCACUCAAGGACGACUGCGCCAAAACGCAGAGGGAGAACAGCCCAGCAGCCUUUCCCGAGAGGCAGGGUGUGCCUCCCCCCGCCCUGUUUCACCCGACGCCCAUGCACCCCAAGGCCCAGCCUGGCCCCGAGGUUCGGAUCUACGACUCCAACACGGGGAAACUCAUCAGGACGGGUGCCCAGGGCCCCGGUCCAGCACCCCCUGGUUCCCUGCCUGUCCACGGGGAGCCCUCCUCCUUCAG